CUCACCAUCCUUUGGUUCUGUCGAAGGCGACGCGAGUCACUCGCUCGACCUCGUCACCCUCGGCUCGGUCCGGGGGAUAAGACUUUGGGGAUCGGCGCCUCGGCGGAGGCGGCGUGGGAUGGCGCCGCGGAGAGGGAGGGUGGAGAUGCGGCGGAUCGAGGACCGGACGAGCCGCCAGGUGCGCUUCUCCAAGCGACGGAGCGGGCUCUUCAAGAAGGCCUUCGAGCUCGCCGUGCUCUGCGAUGCCGAGGUCGCCCUCCUCGUCUUCUCCCCCGGGGGGAAGCUCUACGAGUUCUCCAGCGUCUCCAGCCUGGAGAGUACACUAGAUCGGUACCAGACAUUUACGAAUGCAGACAAUGUUGUUCGCAAGCUUGAUGAUAAUACACAGAAUCGUGAUGAAGAAUUUGCUCUUCUAGAAGCUAAUUCCAAAGUUCUGGAGAUCGGGAAAAGACUUGUCGAAACAAAUUUGGCAGAGAUGAAUGCUGAAGAACUUGGAAAAUUGGAGGAAGACUUGUGUUCUGCACUAAAAUGGGCAACAUCAAGAAAGAAACAAUUAAUGACGGGCUCACUAAACAGGCCGGAAAAGGAGGUAGUCGGAACCACGACGACGAGGAUUACCGAGGCGGAGCGCCGCAGUGACGGCAGCAACGACAGUGCGGCGGAAGGGGAGAGAGCGUGGGUGCGGCCACCGUCACGAGCAGCGCUUGGGGGCGUGGACACGUAGCAUGGGGCGCGGUGACAGGCGGCUGCCGCAGGUUGCACGCGUGCCGUGAACGCUGUGGCGUGCGCUAUCUUUUCGGCUCCCGAUGCCUGGUGUAAACGUACCUUGUCUUUUUACGGCCUCUGUGUGUUGUUAAGUUGGCAUAACUAAUUGUUUGCCCGAUUCUGCAGUGACACGUGCCUAGUACAAAUAUCACGUGAGGUAUGGGGGCAGUAAACAAUAAUGCAUAGCUCAGGUGUAGUCUUCUUCUUC